AGAGAAAGAAGAAAGAUAAGCAAACAAAGCACUUCCACGCUUCCUCUUCUUUCCUUCUCUUCAUCCGCCACCAACCACUACAAAACCAUCCUUACCCCUCUCCUUUUCAAUCUCUCUCUCUCUCUACAAACCCAUUUUCUCUGAGCAAAAAAGUUGAAGCCUUUCUUCUUCUCAUGAUUGAUCAGCAGCAUCCCACCAUUCCAGAAACCAAUCCCUCAAACCCCACCACGCCAAUCAUGGGAGGCGCUGGUGCAGCAGGUGGGGUCAACGAGGAAGAUGAUGAGGACUUCAAUAAUGGGGAGGAAGAUAACAAGUGGCCGCCAUGGCUGGGGCCCCUUCUGCAAACGAGCUUCUUCGUUCAAUGCAAAGUCCACGCCGAUUCGCACAAGAGUGAAUGCAAUAUGUAUUGCUUGGACUGUAUGAAUGGAGCCCUUUGCUCUGCUUGUCUGGCUUCUCACAGAGACCACAGAGCUAUUCAGAUAAGGAGGUCUUCAUACCAUGAUGUGAUAAGAGUGUCUGAGAUUCAGAAAUUUCUGGACAUAACAGGGGUCCAGACUUACAUUAUAAACAGUGCCAAGAUUGUGUUCUUGAAUGAAAGGCCUCAGCCUAGGCCUGGCAAGGGCGUCACCAAUACCUGUCAGGUCUGCGAACGCAGCCUGCUUGAUUCCUUCAACUUCUGCUCUCUUGGUUGCAAGGUUGUUGGAACAUCCAAGAAGUUCCGGAAGAAGAAAAUGUUAGCAGAGCAAGAGGGUUCUGAUGGUGAACAAUCAAUGAAUGGCUUUAGCAAUGGAAGCAUCAGGAGCAGAAUCCAGAGCUUCACGCCAUCAACACCGCCACCAACAGCAAUGAACUACCGGGCCGCCAAGAGAAGGAAGGGAAUUCCUCACAGGGCUCCAUUUGGGGCAGGACUCAUCAUACAAUACUGAUCCUAUAGGGUGGUUUUCAAUCACUUACCAACCAAUAUUUAUACUCCAAAACAGCAGAUACAGCAGAUUUUGCCACUUAUAAAGUUGCAAAUCUCAGCCAACAAAAAGAUAUAUUUGCUCUAUAUUUCACCAAGUUACAACACCUGAGCCGUGUUCACUGAGGCCGGUGUUGGAAACUGCUUCUCUAUGUUGUAUAGAACAACAAUAGGAAGGAAAAGAAAAAGGAAUCUGAAAAAAUAUGUGUAUGAAAAUAGGAAAUAAAAAUAUAGAGUAUAUAGGUUGGUGUACUUGGUACUGGUAUAAGAAAUAGCAUUCAUAUAUGUAGAAAGGUAUCUGAUGCUAAAUGUACAUAGUGGUUUGUAGAAAGGAGUUGAUAUUGUAGUGUCAAAUUAUAGAAUAAGAAUGGUUGUGAUGAUGAUGAUGAUGGCUACUUAUAAUAUUCUCUUUGUUUGGUA